GUCGCGGGCCGGGCGCCCCGGCCCCGGCAUGAAGAGCGGGCGAUGAUCCCCGCCAACGCCUCCAGCAGGAAGGGGCCCGAGGGCAAGUACCCGCUGCACUACCUGGUGUGGCACAACCGCCACCGCGAGCUGGAGAAAGAGGUCCGCGCCGGCCAGGUGGACAUAGAGCAGCUGGAUCCCCGCGGUCGGACUCCUCUGCACCUGGCCACCACGCUGGGACACCUGGAGUGUGCCCGUGUGCUCCUUGCACACGGUGCCGAUGUGGGUAGGGAGAAUCGCAGUGGCUGGACAGUGCUGCAGGAGGCUGUGAGUACCCGGGAUCUGGAGCUAGUGCAGCUGGUGCUGCGGUACCGGGACUACCAGCGCGUGGUGAAGCGGCUGGCGGGCAUCCCCGUGCUCCUGGAGAAGCUACGCAAGGCCCAGGACUUCUACGUGGAGAUGAAGUGGGAGUUCACUAGCUGGGUACCCCUGGUGUCCAAGAUCUGCCCUAGUGACACGUACAAAGUGUGGAAGAGUGGCCAGAACCUGAGGGUAGACACCACACUGCUGGGCUUUGACCACAUGACCUGGCAACGAGGGAACCGAAGCUUUGUCUUCAGGGGUCAAGAUACGAGUGCUGUGGUCAUGGAGAUUGACCAUGACCGCCGGGUGGUGUACACAGAGACCCUGGCACUGGCCGGGCAGGACCGGGAGCUGUUGCUUGCAGCGGCCCAGCCCACCGAGGAGCAGGUGCUGAGCCGGCUCACUGCGCCUGUGGUCACCACGCAACUUGACACCAAGAACAUCUCCUUUGAGAGGAACAAGACUGGCAUCCUGGGUUGGCGAAGUGAGAAGACGGAGAUGGUGAAUGGAUAUGAAGCCAAGGUAUAUGGGGCAUCCAAUGUGGAGCUUAUCACCCGGACCCGGACAGAGCAUCUUUCAGAACAGCACAAGGGCAAGGUCAAAGGCUGUAAGACGCCUCUGCAGUCUUUUCUGGGCAUCGCUGAGCAGCACGGGGGCCCCCAGAAUGGGACUCUGAUCACUCAGACCCUGAGCCAAGCCAACCCCACUGCCAUCACUGCAGAAGAAUACUUCAACCCUAACUUUGAGCUUGGCAACCGGGACAUGGGGCGUCCCAUGGAACUGACCACCAAGACACAGAAGUUCAAGGCCAAGCUGUGGCUGUGUGAGGAGCAUCCCCUGUCCCUGUGUGAGCAGGUGGCCCCCAUCAUUGACCUCAUGGCUGUCAGCAAUGCACUUUUUGCCAAGCUCCGGGACUUCAUCACACUGCGCCUGCCCCCUGGCUUCCCUGUCAAGAUCGAAAUCCCCAUCUUUCACAUCCUCAAUGCUCGCAUCACCUUUGGGAACCUCAAUGGCUGUGACGAGCCAGUGCCAUCUGUACGAGGCAGCCCCAGCAGCGAGACCCCUUCCCCAGGCAGUGACUCCUCCAGCGUCAGCAGCUCUAGUUCCACGACCUCGUGUCGUGGCUGUGAGAUUUCCCCAGCGUUGUUCGAGGCCCCACGUGGCUACAGCGUGUUGGGUGGCCAGCGAGAGGCAGUGAACCGUGAUGACGACGAUGACCUGCUGCAGUUUGCCAUUCAGCAGAGCCUGCUUGAAGCGGGCAGUGAGUAUGACCAGGUCACAAUCUGGGAGGCGCUAACCAACAGCAAACCAGGCACUCACCCCAUGUCCUACGAGAGUCGUCGACAGGACAGGUGUGCCAGGUGUGCGGGCAGCGGGGAGCGCUCGACAAAUCCUCCCCGCCCCCAGGAGCGCCCCGCCCACGCCGCAGCGUCAACCGGCACCCCCGGCCCCGGCCCCCGGCCCCCGUCCCAGCCCGGGCUCGCGCCCGCGCCCCAGCGGCCACGUGUUCCGGAGCUACGACGAGCAGCUGCGGCUGGCCAUGGAGCUGUCUGCGCAGGAGCAGGAGGAGCGGCGGCGGCGCGCGCGCCUGGAGGAGGAGGAGCUGGAGCGCAUCCUGCGGCUCUCCAUAACCGAACAGUAGCGCCCCCUGCCGGGGCCCUCGCCCGCCCCUGGCACCACGGGCCCGGGGACCCGAGCGACAUCCGAGCCGGCCCGCGCACCUGCCGUGCUGCGGCUGCAAUCUGGAGCCAUUGCUGCGGGGGUAUGGCGGUGCAUCGGGCAAGAGACAGGGAGGAGUUUCACACGGGCACCCGGUAAUUUUCCAGGCCAGAGCCCUGAAGGCAAGGGCGGUCACCCGAAUUUGCUGUUUGGUGACUCCCCUAAUCCAUUUCUCUGGGCUUUGACAUGUCCGAAGGCGGAGCUAGGCGGUACUGAAAAGGAAGUGAACCUUUAGAGGAGCACUGUCCCCAUCCGUUGCUCCUCCUGGCUGGUCCUUUCUGCUCACUGACCCCACUCCAGGACACUGCCCCUGAAGCCUUUGCAUCUCUGCUCUUCACCCUGGGAGGCAGCUGAGCUCCCUGUGUGCUGUGUCGCUGCUUUGUCCCAGACACAAACCAGCACAUCACGAGCCCGGCCCCUCCCCCACCCCGGCAUUUCAGCGUCAAGUGCACUUAGCGGGGUGCCCGGCUUUCCCAGACUCCCACCUGUCCUGGGUCUCAGGGUGGUCCCAGCUUCUCCUUAGGCAGCCAGAAGUUGGAGACCCCAUCCCUAAGGCACACUUUUUUUUUGUGAUCAGGGAGUGUGUUCAAUGUGGCACCCUACAAGGCCUGACUCCCUCAUGGUGCCUUGGAGGGGGGGGUGGCGUAUUGGCCUGGGGGCAAGUACUAAACCCCACACAGAACUGUAUACAACAGGGUUGACCAGGGCCCUGGCACCGCUCCCCCACCCCUUCCCACCAGCUGCUGCUAGCCCUUUGUGGUUGUGCACCCCUCUUGGCCCCACUCGGGCUAACACCCUUCAUCCGAUGGUGCUAAACCCCGGCUCUCCCAGCCCCGCCCCACCCACCCAGAGAAGCACAGGCCCCGCCAGGGGCAGGGGCCCACUGCACACCCUUGUCCCCCGUCUCCUUCCAGGCUCAGCCAGUGAGGCUUAGAAGGGGCACAAAAAGGGGACAGAGAAAAGAGCAACAAAGAGAACUUGUUCCUCCCACUCCCUUCCCUGAUGCCAGGGGCACCAAGACUGAUUCUGAGGCACAAAUAAAAGAAGCUUCAAAGGGA